GCGGCGGCCGUGCCCGCGCAGCCGGCGGCGCGCAGGGAGCGCAGGCCCGGGGCGCAGUCUAUGACCGAGGCGGUGAUGUGCGCAUCGCCUCUGCAGACCCGCCCCACAGCGACAGCCAAACCCGGCUGGGGAGCGAGGGGCCUGGGCUCCCUCCCGGGCCCUGGCGAGAAAGGACCGACCGCCAGGAAGGGCGGGCGGGCCGCUGGGCAGAGCGGACCCCCGGGGCGAGGCUGGGGUUCCGCACACGGCCACGCCACAGCCGCUCCUGAAAUGGGAACUGAUUGAGCGAGGGACUGGAAGCUGGAGCCGGAGGGGAGGGGGCUGAGGGGAAGGCGGGAAAGGGAAAGGGGAGGGGCCGCGUCGAGGUGGAGGAAGGCGUUGGGGGGAGGGGGAAGUCCGCCUUUCCCUGCGGACGGCGCUGAUUGGGCCACCGGAAUCCGGGCGCUGAUUGGCUGCGUGGGCGAGGCGGAGGGGCCGUGCGCAACGGCGUGUGUGGGGCCGUGUGCAGACCCGCGUGUGGCGCAGGCUAGGACCCCGAAAAUAAACAGCCGCUGCUGCCGCCGUCGUCCCUCUAUCCUCCUCGGGAGCUGAAGCGUCCGACCCCGCUACCGCCGCGGGCCCUCUUCGACAUCUUAGAAGGUCUAAGUGCAGCAAUGAGCAGCAACGAGUGUUUCAAGUGUGGACGCUCUGGCCAUUGGGCCCGAGAAUGCCCUACUGGAGGAGGCCGUGGUCGAGGAAUGCGCAGCCGUGGAAGAGGUUUCCAGUUUGUUUCUUCAUCUCUUCCAGACAUCUGUUACCGUUGUGGUGAGUCUGGUCAUCUUGCCAAGGAUUGUGAUCUUCAGGAGGAUGCCUGCUAUAACUGCGGUAGAGGUGGCCACAUUGCCAAGGACUGCAAGGAACCGAAGCGGGAGAGAGAGCAGUGCUGCUACAACUGUGGCAAACCCGGCCACCUGGCUCGAGACUGCGACCAUGCAGAUGAGCAGAAGUGCUACUCGUGUGGAGAGUUUGGGCACAUUCAGAAAGAUUGCACCAAAGUGAAAUGCUAUAGGUGUGGUGAAACUGGUCAUGUAGCCAUCAACUGCAGCAAGACAAGUGAAGUCAACUGUUAUCGCUGUGGCGAGUCAGGGCAUCUUGCACGGGAAUGCACAAUUGAGGCUACAGCUUAAUUAUUUUCCUUUGUCGCCCCUCCUUUUUCUGAUUGAUGGUUGUAUUAUUUUCUCUGAAUCCUCUUCACUGGCCAAAGGUUGGCAGAUAGAGGCUACUCCCAGGCCAGUGAGCUUUACUUGCCGUGUAAAAGGAGGAAAGGGGUGGAAAAAUCGACUUUCUGCAUUUAACUACAAAAAAAUGUUUAUGUUUAGUUUGGUAGAGGUGUUAUGUAUAAUGCUUUGUUAAAGAACCCCCUUUCCGCGCCACUGGUGAAUAGGGAUUAACGAAUGGAAGAGUUGAGUCAGACUAGGAAACCCUCUCUGGGUUUCUUGGAUGUGAUCCCAUGCAGGAGGUAAAACAGAUUCUGGAAGUGUCUUUGAACUUCCAUAAGUAACUUUAAUUGUAGUAUAAUGAUGGCCUUGGAUUGUCUGACCUCAGUAGCUGUUAAAUAACAUCGAGUAACAUCUGUAUCAGGCCCUACAUAGAGCAUCUAGUCGAGUGGGAGUAAAAAGAUGUAUAUGCCUGUUAAUGGCCAUGAGAGAGAGAGAAAUCAGGAUAAAAACCUAAACAGUAACAACUCCGUCGCAAUGUGAAUGCUGGAGAUACAGAUGGUGAAGGCAAGGUUUGAAAUAAAUUUUUCAAAAACUAAAACUAAAACCCAGAGUAAACAUCAAUGCUCAGAGCAAGCAUAAUUUGGAGCUAUUCAGGAGUUGCAGAGAAAUGCAUUUUCACAGAAAUCAAGAUGUUAUUUUUGUAUACUAUAUCACUUAGACAACUGUUGAGUUUCAUUUGCUGUAAUCAGUUUUUAAAAGUCAGAUGGUAAAAGCAACUGAAGUCCUAGAACAUAGAAAUGUAAUUUUAAACUAUCAAUAAAGCUGGAGGAGGAAGGGGAGUUUGACUAAAGUUCCUUUUGUUUAUUUCAAAUUUUCAUUAAUGUACAUAGUGCAAAAUGCCAUAUUAAAGAGGGGACUGUGGAGGACUGAAAAGCUGACAGUUUGGACUUUUUUUUUGUACUAACUCAAUCAUGACUUCAAUGGCUAAAGUUAGCAGCAAUUAAAACAUGGAAAGGCUUGGGGUUAAAAAUUGUGUCAGAUUAUUUUGCAAAAGAAUAGAGAAUGUUUAAAGCUUUGGUUUUUAUCAUCCAUUUACAUAUUCAUAAUAUGCAUUUUUUUAGGUUUUACGUAUUUUUAAGUGAUCUGUACGCAGUUGCCUCAGCUUAGCCAUAUAUAUAUAUAUAUAUAUAUUCAUAUUCUUUGGCCUUUAUGUAGAUCUGAAAUAACAGUACCUCCACAAUAUUAGAGCUGGAAAGAACCUUUAGAACCUCUCCCUUGGUGAUUUUUCCCAGUGAAGGUAGGGGCAGAGCUGCAAUCAAGUUCGAGUCUCCUAUGAACUCAAGUACCACACUGCAGCUCCACUGUGGAUAUAGUUAGGGGUUCAUUUGGGGAGCUUUUUUGAUAGGUCCAAUACAAACGUUUAUUAAGUGCCUACUGUAAAUAAGGCACUGGUUAGCCAUUUGGAUAGAAAGAUAAAAGGAAAAACAUUCCCUACCCCCAAGAAAGUAAAUUUGCUUUUUUCUUCUUCUGAUUUGGGUGUUUAAAACACUUUCUAUCAAUUAUUUACUUCAUGCGAAUUUUGAGUUGAGAUCUUGGUGCUUCCUUCAGCUUAAGGGUCCAUGGUGGUAUAGGCAUUCCAACUUUGUAUUGAGUUGAGGGUUUCAGAAGACUAUAUUAAGGCCACCAUGAUUUGGCCAAAAUGAAAGGAAAACAUGAUUAUAAAUACAUUUAUUAUAUUUCCCAGUGUGUUGAAUGGAUGCUGAAGUAACAUUUAAAUGAAAAGCAGAAAUUAUUUUAGAAAAACUCCCGCAAGUUAGCUUAGGGGUAUUAACACCAAUAAAAACAAUAAUGACUUAAAUCUUCUACACUUCUAUGAAGCAAUGCAAAACUUUAGUGGACACCUCAAGACAGUUCUGCUAUUUAGGAAGUUGAAGAUUAUUUUUCCAGUCUUGUAGAAUCAUUGGGUACUGCUUGCCAACAAAACGUAAACACUAAGUGAAAUGCAAGGUGACAAAAUUGUGGCCCAUGCGGGGCAAAUGUUAAUUUUUUCUGUAGAAAUAUAUUAGUCUAAGCCUGUUUUGGUAUAAGCCUUAGUUGUUUAUCACUGUAAAACAGCUUUAUGCAUCAACUUAAGCCCCGCUUUGGCAGGUGAAGGGUCUUGAAGGCUACAGUGCUUUCCUCCCAGAUAGAAAGGCAUAUGCCAAGACUGGGAGCAGGCUUUGUGAACUGGAUGUUGGGAAGGCAAAAGGGAAUUUCAUUUGGGCUUCAAGCUGUUGCAUUCUCCCAUCCAUCUUUACAUUGGUGGUACCUAGGAAGUUUGUAUAUGGAGAACUUUUUGAAGCUGGCAUGGAACAAGAACCUGUUCUUACCAGAGCACAAAGUGUUUUCCUUCUAUUAUACAUAUCCAUUUUUGCUUUAAGUUUACCUUGCUUUCAUGUAGCCUGAACACAUUAAACAUGGAAAUGUUCCUUUUGGACAGAAUCUAAAUGAGGGUGUUGAUGCACGUUUGUGUAUGGAUUGCUGUGUGUAUAAACACUUUCCGGUGAAACAGUAUUGGUAUACUAUGCCUGAGUAAUUGGGUGUGUGAAGAGCAGUGUGGAAUGAUGCCAUGGAAUGUAUGAAGGCACUGUCCAGCCUGUGUAGGAAAUACUGUUGGAUCUAAAAUUUUUGUUGAUGUAUGUAUGAAUGGUGUUUUAUAAAUGUGUGGUCUGUUUUGGGGAGAGGUGACUUUUCCCCUUGAAUCAGCAGGGUUAUCUAACUGGAAAUUGAUUCCUCCCACCAGAGGAGAGACAUAAACACAAGAAAUACAGUACCUUACAGUUAACCUUUGAGACAUGUUCUAAGGAGUUUUCAGAAGCACUUUAGUGUACCUUUUUUUGUCCUUCCUGAACUUUAAUAUACUUGUUGGGGAAAAUAUUAAAUGUUAUUUUCUGCUUCCUCCUCUCUUCAGCCCCUUUAUUUUUCCUCUUUGUAGAUUAUUAAAAAUAAAAUCAGACCUGAAUCACAGGUGGUUUCGGGAACCAGAGCCAGGAGUAUAAAACCCAGUGUUUUCUAUUACACCAUUUUCUUCCUUGGCCUUUUUGAUUCAGUGUUUCUCUUCAUAUUAAUGAUUUUGAUCAUUCUUACUCAUAACACUGCCCUGACAUGUUGGUAACAUUUAUUUGCUUAUUUAAUUGGAGAGAAGUAGUGUAGUGCCUGAAGAGAAAUUCUUGGGAUGACAGAUAUUCAUAGCUAAGUCAAAUUUCAUUGAAGUGUAAUCUUGUCACAUCAAUGCCUUAAUGCAAGUGGCCUGUGAGUUCCUGGAUGUCACUUUGCAUGGGCUUGCUAGAAGUGUGGAGCAGAGUUCUUCCACUAACUUAGCAAGUUUAUAUUCUGUUUUGAGGAAAGAUUCAACUUUAAGUGUGUCUAUAGUACUAUUGAAUAAAAAUGUUAUUGAACAUUACUGAAGAAUUUGAGGGGAAAAGAGUUUAAUAGAAACAUUCAAUGUGGUAAGUCAUUUUUCUCAUUUAUAUGCCAGUUCUCGGGGGAAAGCCAGUCUAGUUGUGCCCAGUACCAUCAAAGAGGUGAAAGGAAGAAGGAAGUAGUUAUUAGUGUCUGUUAGGGUUAGGGUAAUUAGCUGACAUCAUGAUGCAGUUCUGUGUUUUCUGGCACUUCAGAAUUGUUUUCCUAGUAGUAGUGAGUUGGUUUGUGUUGGGCCACCUGUUCUUUUAGAAAUGGAGGCAUACGUAUGGGAGAGGUGCCUGGGGGUCUUACUGAUUCUCAAACAGUUGCUCUUCGAAGUUAAGGGGUUCUGGAAAGGUCAGCCUCUUAAACCAUGCUCUUUACCAAUUGAGUAUUACUUUCAACCCAGGUAUGCCCAGCAAGGAAGCUACCUUGUGUUAACAUUUUGCUAUCAAGUGCCAUUCAUCUACCAUGAUGCCAGCAUUUUUUUUCUUAAAAUAAAUUUUAAUAAUAAAAUAACCUGUUAAUUUAA